GAAAAUCUCGUAUAUAUUAACGUCGUUUUGUGCCUUGUGUAAACUGUAAUUUUAUUUCAUUAACGUGACUGGUGGUACACGCGGCUCUGUAAAAAAAUAUACUCGGCUCAAUGUAGAUGAAAUUAUGUUUGACUAGCUAUUAACUCCGGCUUCGCUUGCUUGUUCAAGGAAAAGUGUCGGUGUAGUUUCCUACUCGAAUGCAGUCUUUGCGGACGGCCCACAAUAGCACCAUAAGCGAAACAUUUCGGUAUAUGGUGCAGCGGGAAGGCUUAUUAAGGCCUAUCCGCGGAAUGUCGGCAGUGGUGCUCGGAGCGGGUCCAGCGCACGCAUGCUUCUUCGCCACAUACGAGCACUGCAAACUAACGUUAUCACAAAUGACCAGGCAUCGGCAUGACCACAUAACGCACGGUUUAUCUGGUUGUCUGGCAUCGCUAAUUCACGACGCCGUCUCAAAUCCAGCAGAAGUUGUAAAGCAGAGGUUGCAAAUGUUGAACUCUCCGUAUAGGGGUGUUUGGGAGUGCGCGCGGCACGUCUACAGAGCGGAGGGAUUGCGCGCCUUCUAUCGCUCAUACGGAACCCAGAUAGCCAUGAACGUACCAUUCCAGGCGUUACAUUUUGUCACGUACGAAUGGUGUCAAAGCGUACUGAACCCGGCUCGCAAGUACGACCCGCGCGCCCACGCGCUCAGCGGGGCGGCCGCCGGCGCGCUCGCUGCGGCCGCGACCACUCCGCUUGAUGUAUGCAAAACUGUGCUCAAUACACAGGAAUCGGCAGCGAGAGCGGACGGCUUGCUAGAAGCGGCUUCUCAAGUGAUGCGAGCCACCGGGCCCCUGGGCUUCUUCAAGGGCGUCCAGGCUCGCGUCCUGUACCAAAUGCCGGCCGCCGCCAUCUGCUGGCUCACGUACGAAACCUUCAAACACAUGCUCGGCAAUACGAAAGAAGACGAGAGCACGAACAGCGGAGCCGGGGGCCCGCCUCCCCCCUCCCUGUCCUCCUCCCCCUCCCCGCCCCUCGCGGCCGCGCUGCGACUGGCGGCCGCCUCCACGGAGGUGCCAGCCACCAACACCCUCACGAGGACGUAAGACUCCUUACAACAAACACGUAAAUACAAUUCGUCGUCACGGUACAACAUCGAAAAAGUGGUUUAACUGCUAACUAUCUUCUUUUUUUUUGGUACCUAUGCUGAUAGCCUUAGCUAUUUCAGCUUCUCCUUGACGUGUAUGUGAGCUCGCGGGGCUCAAAUCGGGUGUGU